GCGCAGGGCGGGCGGGCCAAGGCUUCUGCGGUGCUGUAGCCGGCAAUGGCUCGGAGGCAGGACGAGCUGCGGGCGGGCGCGACCCUGAGGGCGGACGGCAAGGCCGACGCGGAGGUUAGGCUCAUUCUGUACCACUGGACGCAUUCCUUCAGCUCUCAAAAGGUGCGCUUGGUAAUUGCUGAAAAGGCAUUGAAGUGCGAGGAACAUGAUGUAAGUCUGCCCCUGAGUGAGCACAAUGAGCCUUGGUUUAUGCGUUUGAACUCAACUGGAGAAGUGCCUGUCCUUAUCCACGGGGAAAACAUAAUUUGUGAGGCCACUCAGAUCAUUGAUUAUCUUGAACAGACUUUCCUGGAUGAAAGAACACCCAGAUUAAUGCCUGAUAAAAAAAGCAUGUAUUAUCCACGGGUUCAGCAUUACCGAGAGCUUCUUGACUCCUUGCCAAUGGAUGCCUAUACACAUGGCUGCAUUUUGCAUCCUGAGCUCACUGUGGACUCCAUGAUCCCCACUUAUGCAACCACAAGGAUUCGCAGCCAGAUUGGUAACACAGAGUCUGAACUGAAGAAACUUGCUGAAGAAAACCCUGAUUUACAAGAGGCAUACAUCGCCAAACAAAAGCGGCUUAAAUCAAAGCUGCUUGAUCAUGACAAUGUCAAGUACUUGAAGAAAAUUCUUGAUGAGUUGGAGAAGGUCUUGGAUCAGGUUGAAACUGAGUUACAAAGAAGAAAUGAAGAAACUCCAGAAGAGGGCCACCAGCCUUGGCUCUGUGGAGAAUCUUUCACCCUGGCAGACAUCUCGCUGGCUGUCACAUUACAUCGACUGAAGUUCCUGGGGUUUGCAAGGAGAAAUUGGGGGAAUGGGAAGAGACCAAACUUGGAGACCUAUUAUGAGCGGGUCUUGAAGAGAAAAACAUUUAACAAGGUUUUAGGACAUGUCAACAAUAUAUUAAUCUCUGCCGUGCUGCCAACAGCAUUCCGGGUGGCCAAGAAAAGAGCCCCAAAAGUUCUUGGCACCACCCUUGUGGUUGGUUUGCUUGCAGGAAUAGGAUACUUUGCAUUUAUGCUUUUCAGAAGGAGACUUGGCAGCAUGAUAUCAGCACUGAGACCCAGACCAAAUUAUUUCUAGGCUCAUUGGGAAUCUGAUGGUGGCAACCAAUUCAACCAUCCAUUAAGAUCCUUGUGUAUUCCUUAGAUCCAGUGAAGAAUUAUCCCAGGCAACUGAAUAGAAAGCAUAAUUUACAUUACUCUGGGUGGUUCACAUGGGGAAGAGAAGCUAGCAAAAAUGUUUUUGUAGUCUGGUGAAGUGACUUAUAACAAAUAUGUCCUUAGAGAAUGUGUGAGGUCAAGAUAUCUAAAUACUGACAGUUGAACCCAAAUUGGUAGCUCAAGUUAUGAAUUACUUUUUGAGAGGUCAAUAUUAUGUGACUGUCAAUAACUCUUCACCUGAUACUGCUGUGCUUAGUAUUGAGUAGUUCUAGAAUCUUCCUUUGGAACUCAAGUCAUUUUUGUGGCCCUACAUGGUUUAGAUAUCCACAGGAUAUAGCACUACUUCCUCUCCCACCACCAGCUUGAGGCAGAAAUGAAGGGAAAUAUAAAAGGAAAAAGUGUAUUUAGGGUAGAGCAGCAAAGUGUGACCCGUACUGCCCCCAGUAUUUUCAUGAUGCCGCUUCCUUGGAAAGUGUCACACUUAACUACUUGUGGUUAUGCCUAUGCAUGAGCUCUUUACUUGAGGACCCUUGGGAAGGAAAAGGUUGGGAACACAUUGUGGAUGGUGGGCUGGAGAACCUUGAGCUUUAAAUACAUAGCACCUCAUUUAUGAAUCAUACUCAUUGACCUAAUAAGAUUAAGUGAUUAUGUACUUGGCUUCUGGCUAAUUUAUUGGAAUAUGUCUGUCUAGCAUUUAUAAGAAUGUCUUAGGUAAAAGGUGGUUUCUCAUGGUCCCUACCUUGAUAUUACCUAUGAGAUAUUACAAGUCUGGAGCACUGUGUCCAGUUCUGGAGACUUGGCCUCUGUGGCCCUCUUUAUGCACUUGAGUGGUAUAUGGAUGAAUGUCUCAGGCAAAUACAUGGCUGAUGGCUGGGCAGUGGAUAUUUUAACAAGAACCAAAUAUGCUCACUCUCUUUUGGGGGGAGGCUGAUGCGUUAACACACAAACUGUUGUUCAGGUCUAUGAUAAUCAACAAAGCCUUAAGAAGUUGAAGACAUGAGGACAGUGUAGCCUUAGCAGUUGGCCAUUCACAUUUAGGAAGCUGAAGUAUUCAUCAUGUACAUCAUGUAUGUUUAAACAUUUUUGGUGUUACUUCAGUCCAUCUGAAGGAGACUAUUCUAGUGUGACCAGGUGUAACCACUGAACUUCAGGAGGCAGUUUCUCUGGAGCUGGCUGUAAAGGCCUUGAGAGCAGUUUCACAGUUCUAGUUGGGUGGCUUGUACAGAGAUGAUGAAUGAAGAGUCUAUUGAGUAAUGAAAGCCUGUAUGUACUCUCAGGUAGCCUAUGCAAAGAGCCAGAGAAUGUACCAAGUUUUUCAUUAAUAGAAAAUAGUCAGGCUAAGGUAACAAUGACUUUCUGAUGGUAAAAAUAAUUGUGUUAUUCCAUUUUGAUUCUGUAAUUCCAUUUCAUAAUCUAGUUGUAUUAGAAAUCUAGACGAACUGGAUGUGACCCAUUUAUAACAAGUUGAUAACACUUCAGAUGAACUCAGACCAACAAUAAAAGAUAUAAUUGAGCUUAUAUAAUGUAUUAAUUUUGUACAUCUGCAUGUUAACAUAUAGACUGUCUGAAUCUAUUUGUUGCUUGAAUAGUCCCUCUGUUCAUAAAAGCUAUAUAGAGGUAAUUGAUUAUUCAACAAUUUUUAGUGUGUUAUAAUUCUUUAUUCUGUUAGAAAAUGAAGUACAAUUGGAUUUUUAUAAAAUCUACCAAUGAUAUACCUGUGAAAGGGUUGAUAAAGGCUUACUUUUCUUUUAGUAUAAUUAUUACUGAGUCAGAGGGCAUCUACUUGGAAUUAUUUGUAAUUUCAUUAUACAACUUAUUUGGAGGUUGACUUGAAUCAAUAUUGAAGGUGAAGCAUCCUAGCCAUUUCGCCUGUUUACUGGGUAUUGAGAUUACUGCUUUAAAAAUAACUGUCUAGCUAUAUUAUCAUGACCACUAGAUGUCACUCUUCACCCAGUGGUCGAAGGUCAGGCUUCAUUAGGUUCAGUGAGCCUUCUGAAAUAUUUCAAGGGAGAUAAACAUUAAUGACCUUAGAUUCUGAAAUGAAGGCAUCUUCAUCAAGAUUAUUCAUCUGUGAAAAAGUUUGAGGCAAAUGUAGUUUUGAUUUCUAAUGCAUCAUAAGUAACAACAGCAUUGUAUGAUGUCAAGCUAGAGUUCAGCAUACUUUGUUAGCUGAAUGAAACACACUUUAGAUCUUCUUUGUCAUGGUCAUUGGUGAUUGGCCAUGUGCUCUGUAUUUUCCAAAAUUUGUAUAAACUUCAAAACUAUAAAAUUCCUGAGGUACUCAAGCUCUGUUGGCUAUUUGUGUCUUAACAUACACAUGUACUAUUGUAUUGUUACUGCAAUUUUAUGCCUCUUGAAUCUCAAAGAAUUGCAAAUUGCUUGUUCAGUUUUAAAAUAAUUACUGCUGUUGAUAUCAGAGUUAUAAAUUUUUAGUAUUGUUGAAUGUCAUAGGAAGACUAAGAUAUUAUUCUGCCUGUAAGAUCAAUAAAAGUAAUUUGAAAAUAAA